AUGAAGGGAUACAUAGCACUGUUUGUGUGUUUAUCAUCUAAGGCUAUUCAUAUGGAGUUGGCGGUUGAUCUCUCCAGUCAAGCAUUCAUCAACGUCCUGAAGCGUUUCGUUUCAAGAAGAGGAGUACCCACCACAAUUCUGUCAGACAAUGGUACUAACUUUAUAGGUGCCAAUUCUGAGCUUCACAAACUGUAUCAGUUGUUCCGGAAUGAAGCUACAAUCGAGGCGGUCAGAAACUAUUGCCUGCCGCUGGAAAUUAAUUGGAAAUUCAUUCCUGCUCGUUCCCCUGAAUUCGGCGGCGUAUGGGAAGCAGGAGUAAAGUCUGCGAAACACCACAUCAGACGAGUAGUUGGCGAAUCGAAGUACACAUACGACCAAUGGAACACUAUCAUAAUUCAGAUUGAAGCCAUCUUAAACUCAAGGCCACUCGUACCAAUGUCGUCUGAUCCCAGCGAUCUCAAGGCUAUCAGUCCAGCUCAUCUUCUGAUAGGUCGUGAUUUGACUGCAAUUCCGGAGCCGUCGCUGGAGCAUCUAAAACUAAAUACAUUGUCGAAGUAUCAGGAAAUUCAACGGAUAAGAGAUACCUUCUGGAAAAGAUGGUCAUCCGACUAUCUGCAAGAGUUACAGCAACGUCCGAAGCAUAAUCGUCAUCAUAAGGAGUUAAAGAUCGGAGAUCUGGUCGUAUUACGGAGGAUAAUCUCCCGCCUCUGCAGUAGAAGUUGGGUAGAGAGGACCAGACGCAUAUUGGAGCAGAUAAGGUUACCAGAGUGGUAA